UUGGAAAGGAAAACUGAUUUUUGACAUUGUUUUCAAAAGUUAUAAUCGUUUUUGCAAAAAAAAAACCAUAUCUCUGGAACACUAGGUGGAGCUGUGUUCAAACUUCUCAGGUCCCUUAGAGACAGGAUGACAAUGAAGCCUACCAAAUUUUGUGCCAAUGUGUCAAAUUGUUUAAAAGAUAUUGCAAUUUAUGUCAAAAUUCAAAAUAGUGCAAAGGUGGUUCGUCCAGUCAUGACAUAAUCAGCAUCCAUUGAUUCAGCAUGACAAAAAGGACACCAAGAUCACUAUUCUCUGACAAAACGUUCAAAAGUUAUAAGAAAAAAUGCCUUUUUUUAGCCAUACAGCAUCAGAAAGAACUUGGUCUUUUUAUCACUUCAUUUUACCACAGAUUUGUUUACAAACAAGACCCAAUUCAUCGCAGGAUUUUCUGAAAGAUUGAAACUAAAAGACAAUGCUGUGCCGACUACAUUGGAUUCGACAGUAAUGUCGCAUCACUCAAGUGUUAUGAGGUUAACCAGUCCUGUCCUGUUGUAGGCGUCCUGCUGACCCUUCUUCAGUUGGGUCUGGAGUGCAGCGGCGUGUGGCUGAGAGGACUUCUAAAAAAUGAAGUCCAGUCUGAAACAGUGGCGGCGGCUCACCCUCGGCCUCAUGCUGGCCUGGGUGCUGCUGUUCCUAGCACUCUUCUCCUACUUCAUGGAGUCACGAGUGGAUGACCCACAGUCAGCCGCUGCUCUCUCCUACACAGACACGCGCCGCCUGACCUCGCUGCAGGGCAACCCCCGCACCAUAAUGGUCACCCAUUUGGGGCUUGCCACCUCCGCCACCCCCUCAGCCUCCAGCAACACCCAACAGGAACAAAGCCAGGAGGAAAAUCCCAGUGCCGAUCCCCAGCCUAGUCCACUCAGCCAGGAGGCCUACCCCUAUCCCGACCCUCAGAGCCUGGCGGCCUGGUCUACAUUCGGCACCCAGGACGUGGGCUCCAGAUCGGCCUCCGUGAGUCGCAGCCGUGAGAGACAAGAGUAUAACCAGGAUUCCCCUCAACAGGAUGAAGAAGAGGAGGAAGAGGUGGUGGGAGGAGAAGAGGAAGAUGAGGAGGUGGGAGAUGACGGCUGGAGGAGGACGGCUAGGCACGACGACUCUGACCCGGAUGAGUACUACGUUCCCAGGUCAAAAUCCGUAGUGCACGGUUUGUGGAAAGGGAGUUUGUCAGUGGGCAUGCUCAGUCCUCGCCUGCAGAGAGCUAUGAAAGACUACCUGAAUAAUAAUAAACAUGGCGUGACCUACAGGGGGCACCGGAGGACACAACAGAGUGGCCAGCAGGUGUUGUGUGAGCUGAAGAAGCGGGAGAAGGUUCGAACUUUGGAUGGGGUUGAAAUGCCUUUCUCCAAUUUAGGCUGGAAGAAGAUUGUACCUGCUUUACACUUAAGCCAGCUCUACGGGCCAGGCUUCAAGACCUGCGCUGUGGUCACCUCUGCCGGAGCCAUGCUUCACUCAAGACUUGGCAAGGAGAUUGAUUCCCAUGAUGCAGUGCUGCGUUUUAAUACAGCGCCUACAAAGGGUUAUGAAAGAGACGUUGGGAAUAAAACCACCAUACGCAUAAUCAACUCUCAGAUCCUGGCUAAUCCCAAGCACCAGUUCAACACAAGCUCACUGUAUAAGAAUAUAACGCUAGUGGCGUGGGAUCCUGCUCCAUACACCCUCAACCUGCACAAAUGGUACUCAAAUCCAGACUACAACCUGUUUGCUCCAUAUAUGGAGUACAGGAUUCUCUUCCCUGCUCAGCCUUUCUACAUCCUGCACCCAAAAUACAUCUGGCAGUUAUGGGAUGUGAUUCAGGGAAACAAUCUGGAGAACAUUCAGCCCAAUCCACCCUCCUCAGGGUUCAUUGGCAUCCUGCUGAUGAUGUCCUUGUGUGAAGAGGUUCACGUGUACGAGUACAUUCCUUCACUGCGACAGACAGACCUGUGCCACUAUCACGAGCGUUACUACGAUGCUGCCUGCACUCUGGGUGCAUACCAUCCCCUGCUCUAUGAGAAAAAGCUCAUCCAGCGCAUGAACAUCGGCUCCGAGGACGAUCUCAAACGGAAAGGCAAAGUCACGCUCCCCGGAUUCAAGAAUGUCCACUGUGAGCCCUGAACAGAAAGAUGCAGGACCGGCCUUUGUAAAGCAGAAGUGAUCUGCAGAUUGAUGCAGGAGCGCACUGAGGCGGUUCAGAACGGACCAUGUUGCAUAGACUAUAAAUGGUGCUCUGCGGGACCCAACCUUGUGCUGUAGUUCACUCAAAAAUGCAUUUCCUGAGCCUAAGCUUAAAGAUGGUCAGAACAGCAAUAGAUACGUCAUAAGAAAAGCUUUUUAGGUUUGUGGAUGUUUGUGGUGGUAAAAGCCAUCAAAAACAGUGUUUUUUUUAUUUUAUUUGAUUAUUUUUAAUGGAACUCUGUUUUUCACAGGGUUUAAAGUAUUAGCAGUCAUAGACACUGAAAGUUACACUGUCGGGGGAAAAAAGCAAUCACAUAAAUACAUUUUGGCACAAAGACUAGAUUUAUACUCUGUCUUAAAAUGAGCUUUAUUAAUCUGUCUAAAGAUUUUUUUUUCUGCAUACUGACAGAUUUAAAGCUUUUAACACCAUAACGUUGUGAUUUGUAUUUUAUUUAUUUUUUAGGUGUCACUUUCUGCUGUAAUACAUUAUGCCUAACUCAUAAGCCUCUUCCAGAAUGUCUCGGUGAACUAGUUGCAAAUGAAUCAAUCAUUUUUUUCCUACUCUGUGUAGAUGGAUCCUUCAAAAGCAGAGUGAUUUCACUCAGGAGCUCAUGAUACUCUGAAGCUUCGGCUCUCACCAUGGUGAAAUAUUUCAUCUUCCUUCUAGUACUAUGAUACGCAGAGAUUUGUCAAGCUAAUAUUUGACCUUUACUCUGUCCUAUUUCCUCAUGUUGGGGGAUUGUAGAUGUAGAAAAACCGAAGAAUAUGUUGUUGUUGUUUUUUACAGUGGAAUACAAAAUUAGGUUUGGAUGUAAAAUCUUCUCAGUAUGACUCAUUGUUGGGCUGGCCGUUGUUGUCUGGCAUGUGUGACCAAUGCAGUCCAGUGCACUUGCCUCCAGUCUGUGACAGUUUGAUUAUUAAAUAGUGUUUUUUAAUCAACAGGGUAAUGGAAAUUAAAUGACCGAGCAAGAGCAUAUAAACUUGCAUACCAUUGAAACAUUUGGGGUCAUUCCCCUUUUUUUGUUUUUAAAAAUAAUUUCUCCUAUGGUCACCAGGGCUGCAUUUAUUUGCUCAGAAAUACAGUAAAACAGUGAUAUUGUGAAACUUUAUCGCAACUUAAAAUAAGUUUUUUCUAUUUUAUUAUAUUUUAAAAUGUAAUUUUUUCCCCCUUCAUUUGCACAGUUGAG